ACACAUUCCGACCUCGAGCGGAAGUACGCGCCCUCCUGGCGGUGCUUCCGGUAACGAAGAGCGUGCCUCGCUCCGGCUGUCCUCCGGUGCGCGGCAACUGCGCGAUCACGAACUGUCUUUCUUCGGCGUCAACCCGAACAAGCAGCAGUCGUCCGGAUCGGUCCGAACAAUCGGCAAUCCUUCCCACAAUCCAACCGCACAACCCGCGACGAACGCCACCCGUGCCCAGCCCGCAUUCCAGCGUUCCGCCACACUAACUUCCUCCUUCAUACGGCGCACCGGAACAGUGGAGCGAGCUGCGGCCGUGGCCACGACGGCGAACGCGGCGCCACCGACCACGACCACAACGACAAAGACGACGACGACGUCGAAGGCCUCCAACUGGCAGCUCACUAACGACAAACCGGAUCUGUUGCGUCACAGCAACCUGGAGCAACCGGUUUCCGGUGUUAGCGUGAACAGUAGUAGCAGCAGUGUAACGACCUCUACCCUCUCGUCUGCCGAGGGGCCACACUACGAGAAUCUGGCCCAUCUGGUAGCGAAACCCGUAGCGGUAGUGCCCCGUUCCGUCGAUUACUCUCCGGUUGCGGCGAGUGUGAGCAACGGGGGGACCGGGGGUGGGCUGGGCAAAAGCUCGCCCUCGAACGGUCUGCAACCGUACGACCGGAAGAAGGACCUGGAACGUGACGAACGUAUCCUCGAGGAGCUCACUCGAGCGGCAGAUGAAAUACUGAACGUGGUCAACAACAUGUCGAAUGGUGAAAGUGUGGAGAGUAUUCUGAGUGAGCUGAACGAACGAGGGGACGGUCAUCGGCGGCUAUCGAACGGGGGUAGUGGUGGCGGCUGUACACUCGGUACGAUUCGCGAGUGCUCCACCACGAACAAGAUCAUGAAAUCGCGUGGUGUGCAGGUGUCCAAGAACCUGGACGAUAGUCUCAAACGUCACCAUCAUCAGCACCAGCAGCAACAGCAACAGCUGCUGGCCCGUCAAUCUGGUCGAGUAUCAUCCGCUUCAUCGAACGAAAGCAUCGGGCGACGGGGAGAGGGAAGCUUCACGAGAAGUGUCUCCCUCCGUGGUCCAUCCUCGGUUAGCUCGAACGGCGCAAACAGCUCGAGUAGACGCAACCGUGCCCAGUUGACGACGGCCGGUGCUGAAACGCGACGACUGGUGCGAUUAGGUGGCAGCAAGGAGAAGCUCCAGUCGACGAAUGCAAGCUCCUCCGAGGAUCUGCCGAAUGGUAGUGCCGUGGAGCCACCGCGUCGACCACGCCGUACACGCUACGUUUCGAAGGAGCAGUGCCGUGAGAUGGCGCGGGAUAGCAGCAGCACCGGUCAGGCGAGACUUCAGUCAGGAUCCUCUUCCCGAACGUACCGCAGUGAGCGAUCGAACGGUUCACCACGGACCUCGUCCUCUAGGCACGGUCACGGAUCCACCAAUGGACGGGAAGAUCAUUCCAGUGUCAGUGGUUCACACGCGCACCGCAGUUCGUCGCGUUCGGUGAAGACGAUCCCGAGUGCGGUCCAUUCGCCGCCAGCUUCCGCCACCGUGCCGUCACAGCCACCACUGUUGACCACCGCGUCCACCACAGCGUCAUCCAGAAAGCACUAUCGAUGAUGAGUUCAGCCGACGGCGCGCAAGAGCGCAACAAUCAGCGUCCACGGGGGGAAGUCCAGGCCUAGGAGCAGAACGAACUGGAACGAACGAAAUCGUCGCUGCUACUGAUGCGCGUGGGGG